UCCAUAGGAGACCUGCACCCGCCGUUCUCUAAUCCUAGAAAAACUUAGUCAAAUUAUUUAUCAAGAGAUAAAAAAAAAAAUCACUGCCUUAAAAUUAGCGAAGUACCCAAUUAAGUAGAAUUAUCAAAAACUAUAUAUAAUAAUUGGACAUGGCUAUGCUGUGGAGACGCUUCCUGAGCUCCUGGACCCUGAGGUCGCAGACCCCGAAGACGGUGCUCAUCUCGCAGUCCGAUGACAUCUUCUCCAAUCUGGCCCUGGAGGACUGGCUGUACAAAAACCAAGACCUGUCCGAGCGUAGGGUGCUGCUGCUGUGGAGGAACCGUCCGGCCGUGGUCAUCGGCAGACACCAGAACCCAUGGCGGGAGGCGCACGUCGGCACCCUGGCUGAACGCAAGGUGCAGCUGGCACGCAGGAACAGCGGUGGCGGUGCCGUCUACCACGACCUUGGCAACCUGAAUUUGUCCUUCAUGACCCCGAGGGACGGCUACAACCGCCAGGCUAACCUGCAGGUCAUCAGCAACGCGCUCCGCAGGGAGUUCGCACUCGAAUCCGAAAUCUCGCCCAGGCACGACCUUCUCAUUGAUGGCAAACUCAAGAUUUCUGGCACUGCUUCAAAACUGGGACGUCCAAACGCCUACCACCACUGUACUCUGUUGGCUGAUGUCGACCUGGACGGCAUGAAGGGCACUCUCAACUCUGAUGACCAGAGUGGAAUUGAGACGAGGGCCACAGACAGCGUUCGUUCUCCUGUUGUCAACCUGUCUUCUCUGCAGCCCCAGGUGAGCGUCACCAGCUUGAUGGGUGCUGUUGGACGCGAAUAUCUUCGCUCUGAUGACGAAGGUCGUGACCUUGGAAAGGCAGCCAUCAACCGGCAGCUUGGAUUUGCUCUCGUCAACCCCACCGACGAAUGGUUCCCAGGUCUGGAGAAAUCUCGCGCCGAGUUUGUGAGCUGGUCUUGGCGUUUUGGCAAAACGCCUGAUUUCACCGUCACUCGCGAAUUCGCGGUGCCUCGAGACAUGUGUGUGUCAGAGGGCGCCACCCUCAAGGUGCACACAAAGGUGGUUAAGGGCCUUGUGGCUGCGAUGAGUGUCACUGUCCCACCGGGUUUUGCUUCUGCCGCUCCCGAAGGUGAAGUGGCCGUCCUGUCUGGACUUGAGGGCCGCAAGUUCUGCGAAGAAGCCGUGACCUUGGUCGAGGAGGCCUUCGCCAAGAAGGACGAUUCGCCCAACAAGAAGCGCUUCGUCGCCGACUGUGUGCGUCGUGUCGUCCAAUGACCCCCGUCUGAAUUUUCUACUUCCUCUUCUGCUUCCACUAACAAUGCUUUCUGAUCGACCAAACUUUUUUUUUUUUUAAAAAAGGAUCAGCUUUUCGAUCAAUCAUCCCCGCUUCUCCCUGCAGCGCUGUCCUUAUUCUUUAUUAAUAUGUCUAUGUUAAUUACAUUUAAUUUUAUGGUUCAGUUGGGAAAUUGAUUUAACAAGAAUGUAAUCAUAUCACAUUAAUUUAACCAUAGGGCGCUCCUCGCGGUCUCCGCAGCGCUUUGUAUUAUUAUCAUUAUAAUAUUUUAUCAAAUGUUUCUUGUUUUCUGUCGGUCAGAACAACUUAUAUUAUGGAAUUCUCUUGUGUUGCACAAUCAGAAGAACGCACCUCUUUCGGCCUUGCAAGAGUGUUUGAGAACAACAAAAAUGUGACUUUUUUAAUUAGUCUAAAAUGACUGCGAACUGAACAAUGCGUUGAAGUGUUCAAAUUGAUAUUCAUUUCUAGCUAGGAAAUUCAAGCUUGUCAUGAUGUGUAAAAUUGCGUUUUGUGUUAAAAACAAAUUGAAAAUGUUAUUAUUUGUGACCGAGUCACAGGAGACUUUUAUGUAGAAAGAGAUCUUUCUCGCUUGCAUUACUAAUCAUUAAUAUUUUUUUCUUGUUUUUCACUAUUUAACCGUUGGGUGAUAGUCAGUCUAUUUUCACAUGUUUGUCCUGGUGAUAAAAUCAAGUAAGUGUAUUUUGUACUUUGUGGCUGGCGUGUUUUCUCUGCUGUCAUAAAUUGCAAUACAAUAAUAAAGUGUGCUGCACUCAAACUUUG